AGUUCAAGUCCAUGUUGUUCAAGGAUGAACUCUAUAUUGAAGCACAGCAAUUAGGAAGUGUACUACAGAUCUGAAACUUUAGUAUGCAUAAGAAUCACCUGAGCGCACUCUUCCAAGCUUGGUCCCUGGUGGGCAUGGUCCGUGAGUAAGGAAAUCAGUGAGAACUUAACCACCAGAGAAAUGUGAAGAAAUACCAGGAAAUACCAAGAAAAGAAGAUAUCUUAUCCACCUCUCAGAGAAAGCAGAGGGACUCUGAGAUAAUACAAAAAAAGCAGAAGGUAGCUAAUGAGAAGUCUAUGCAGACAAGAGAAAAAUGAUGACUAUUUGGAAAAAUCUGGGUGCUACUGCCAACUAGGUAUAUCAUAAGCUCAAUGGUCAAAAUUUUGUGCAGUGAACAGUCAGUCAUAUGUUAUAUCCUUAUAAAACCAGUUUAAACUUUACCUUUCAACCUGACUUAGUGUAAUGUUUCAGAAACAUUCUUCAAAGAAUAAAACAAUAACCAUGCAUUUAGCCGGGGUGGGGGAGAAUUACCUGGAAGGCUUGUUAAAAAUAUAGAU